AUGUUUCCUCGACAGCUCGGUGUCUCAGUACGGCUUCGACAAGCACACGUCUGGAAAUGGAUCUGGCGACGAGAUGUGCAUUUGGAAAUGGCGCUUCGACCACCUAAAGAAGUUGUGGGACACGUUUACGCGAAGCUAGCGAAAAAGGAGUUGGCUGGACUCAAACCAUUGAAAAAUAAGCUGAUCAGGUACUUGGAUGAGGGAUAUCUGGAUUUCGUGGCAGACAUGCGGCUAGCAGGUAUCUUACAGCCUGACAUUGUUCAAAUGAUAUUUUAUCAGACUGCCGGUCCACGACAAUAUCAGGCAUUUGUGGACAGUCUUCGGCAAAUUAUCUCCAGUGAUGCAACUGUGGAACACAAGAAACAGCAAUUGUAUACCCUAGUGAAGCUUCAAAGAAAACUGUUUCCGCAGAGCACUUUCGAAAGAGGCAUUCUUUUACCAGAGUUCUUUCAUGAGUGGUUCUGGCAGCAUUUACACAAAGGGGAAAGCUUUUCACAUUUCCAUUUUCUUGUCAAAAGUAAUGUUCUUCUAGGAUCUCGGGCUGCUCACCGCCUGUUGGUGAGGCUACUAAAAGGAUCAGAGAUUGAACAACAUUUGGCGACAUUUCAAAUUUUCUUGAACGGCCCGCAAGGACAUAGGAAAUAUUUUAGGCGAAUCACUAAGCUAUGCACUUUCGCUCAGAUUAAUGUGAUAACCAGCGCUUUACUGUCCAAAAAAGAUCUUAGACAUAUCAACUCAUACUUCACCGCGCUGCUUGACCGACUGGAGUCGUGGGAACUCAACGACUCAACGCUCACGCAGGAAAAGCGUAUCGCAUUAUUUGUGAAAUUCACAAAUACUUUGCUAAAACUUCUGCAGGAAUCUCGCAACGUCGAUAUGUUUCUGGACACUUUUAAAGUUGUUUUGGGACUUGUUCACAGCCAAAAACUAGAUCUCAGCCUACUGCACAAACCGUUUCUAUCAGCGAUACAAUUCCUGAGGGCGCUGAACGAGCAUUCACAUGUACUGAGACUCAUAUCAUCAGCUCAGGAACUCAAUUUGCAAUCGAGCUUCAAAUUCAAGCAAAGUCUUAUAUGCGAGCUGGUCUCCACACUGCGAUCCUUCAAUGAUCCAAAGAUGAUAUUAAGCUAUAUUGCUACAGUUUACUGCAAUCCUGUCACUAUGCCUUUCUUGAACGAACUAGGGCUUUGGGGACUGGUGCAUCACGGGUCGGUGUAUCGUCUAUCGCCUUCACAACUAGAAACCGAUUCUCAAACUUUGAUCUUACAAAAAUCACAAAUAUCUCAGUUUCUUACUAAAAACUUGAUCCCUAAUGCUGUUGUUUUGACGGAGCUCUAUCGUGUUACAUUGCAUUAUAUGCAAAAAACCAUGAGCUCUCCGGAGUUCAGACAGCUUAUAAUCGAUCUUUAUCAAAAUUAUAAAAGAACUUUAGAGACGCACCGAAACUACUUCAGGCACCCUGACUGUGGGAUACUCAAUGUUCUGAUUCAUCACCUACGUUUCUCGGUGAGAGAAGAUCGAUUAGCAUACCAGCUACUGGAGGAUUUCUAUCGAACCAAACCGCGUGUUGCUUGCAAAGGUUGCUCGCCAUUUGGACUCGCGAUGUAUCAUAACUGCACUCUCACCAAGACGGAGAUCUCUUCACUUCUGGUUUUGAUGGAUGAAAACGAUUUGAAGCUGGACUUUAAAGUCAUAUGUGGGAUGGUCUUUUAUCACUUACGGUCAGGACAAGUUGAUGAGGCACACGCUUGGUAUACAAAACUUUGUUCGGUCGGAUUCUCGAUCUCUCAUAAACUACUGAUUCAGCGAGCACUGGAAAAUGGCUGGAAGCUGCCAAAAAAUACAGAUACUACAUUUUUGAAGGAAACAGAGGAGGACGUUCAAGACGCACCCGAGGAGAUGGAUGAUUUAGUUUCAGAUGAUCUUAUGGAGGAAGAGAUUGAUGGAACUACUGGGUUUGCCGAGGAAAUUUUAAAUGCAGUGGGCUCUGUCAAGGACCAAGAAUAG